GGCGGGUGCAGCGCCCGGCGCGCUCUGUGGCUUCUUCGCUCGGUCCUAGCCCUGGCCGCGCCGCUCGCCACCAGUCCACUCCAAGAAGCAGCAGCAGCGCCGACCUCUUUCCCUGCUCGGCGACGACGGAGCAGCAGCAGUUUUGGAGCAGGCUGCGCGAUGGCGGUGGAAGAAGAGGGACUCCGGGUCUUCCAGAGCGUCAAGAUUAAAAUAGGAGAAGCCAAAAACCUUCCUACCUAUCCAGGGCCAAACAAGAUGAGGGAUUGCUACUGUACUGUAAACCUGGACCAGGAAGAGGUUUUCAGGACCAAAAUUGUGGAGAAAUCACUAUGCCCAUUUUAUGGAGAAGAUUUUUACUGUGAAAUUCCACGGAGUUUUCGUCACCUGUCAUUUUACAUUUUUGAUAGAGAUGUUUUCCGCAGGGAUUCAAUCAUUGGAAAAGUAGCAAUAUGGAAGGAAGAUCUGCAGAAGUACCAUAACAGAGAUACCUGGUUUCAGUUGCAACAUGUUGAUGCAGAUUCAGAAGUACAGGGAAAGGUCCAUCUAGAGUUAAGGCUCAGUGAAGUCAUAACAGACACUGCUUGCAAUAAGCUUGCUACACGAGUUCUAGAAUGUCAAGGUCUGCCAAUAGUUAAUGGACAGUGUGAUCCUUAUGCAACAGUUACGCUAACAGGACCAUGCAGGUCAGAAGUCAAAAAGACUAAAGUUAAAAAGAAGACCAACAAUCCGCAGUUUGAUGAAGUGUUUUACUUUGAGAUUACUAGGCCCUGCAGUUAUAACAAGAAAUCCCACUUUGAAAUUGAAGAUGCUGAUGAAGUGGACAAGAUGGAAAUCAGAAUUGACCUCUGGAAUGCAAGCAACUUGAAGUUUGGCGAUGAGUUUCUGGGAGAACUAAGGCUACCUUUGAAAUUUCUCCGGCAAUCCAGCUCUUAUGAAGCAUGGUACUUCCUCCAGCCCAGAGAUAAUGGCAACAAGGCACUGAAGCCAGAUGACUUGGGUUCCUUGCGGUUGAAUGUGGUUUACACAGAAGACCAUGUCUUUCCUUCAGACUAUUACAGCCCCCUUAGAGAUCUCUUAUUAAAAUCUGCAGAUGUUGAGCCUGUUUCAGCAUCUGCUGCCCAUGUAUUGGGUGAAGUCUGCAGGGAAAAACAGGAGGCAGCCAUACCUCUGGUGCGGCUCUUCUUACACUAUGGCAAAAUUGUGCCUUUGAUUAGUGCAAUUGCAAAUGCAGAAGUAAGAAGAACUCAAGAUCCAAACACCAUUUUCAGAGGAAACUCGUUAACUUCCAAAUGCAUCGAUGAAACCAUGAAACUGGCAGGGAUGCACUAUCUCCAGGUUACUCUAAAGCCAAUUCUUGAUGAGAUCUGUCAAGUACAUAAACCUUGUGAAAUUGAUCCUGUGAAAUUGAAAGAUGCUGAAAACUUGGAAUCUAACAGGGAAAAUCUUAGGCAAUAUGUAGACCGGAUUUUCACAGUCAUUACCAAAUCUGGGGUCAGUUGUCCUACAGUGAUGUGCGAUAUAUUUUUUUCACUGAGGGAGUCAGCUGCAAAACGUUUCCAAGGUGACCCAGAUGUGAGGUACACAGCUGUAAGCAGUUUCAUUUUUCUGAGAUUCUUUGCACCUGCAAUUCUUUCUCCAAACCUAUUCCACCUCACACCACAUCAUCCAGAUCCACAGACCUCAAGAACGUUGACGCUUAUAUCCAAGACUAUACAAACAUUAGGCAGCUUAUCAAAAUCUAAAUCUGCCAGUUUCAAGGAAUCUUAUAUGGCUUCAUUUUAUGACAACUUUAAUGAGCAGAAAUAUGCAGAUGCAGUAAAAAAUUUCUUAGAAUUAAUUUCCUCCUCUGGAAGAAAAGAUCACAAGAGCAUAGAGCAGCCAAUACUACUUAAAGAAGGGACUCUUAAACUAACUGUAAAGACAGUUGAUGAUAAUAGUUCGUGCAGGUUCAUGAUCAAGAGGGCACAAGGUCGAAAACGGUUUGGUAUGAAGAACUUCAAGAAGAGAUGGUUUCGACUCACUAACCAUGAAUUUACUUAUCAGAAAAGCAAAGGAGACCAUCCACUGUGUAGCAUUCCAAUUGAAAACAUUCUGGCAGUAGAAAAAUUGGAAGAGGAGUCGUUCAAAAUGAAAAAUAUGUUCCAAGUGAUUCAGCCUGAAAGAGCUCUGUACAUCCAAGCAAAUAACUGUGUCGAGGCCAAGGACUGGAUUGAUAUCCUCACCAAAGUUAGCCAGUGUAACAAGAAACGGCUCACUGUCUAUCACCCUUCUGCAUACCUUAAUGGGCACUGGCUGUGCUGUAAAGCUACAGCAGAUAACACCCCUGGCUGUACUCCCUGCACUGGGGGCCUGCCAGCAAACAUACAAUUAGACAUAGAUGGAGAUAGAGAAACUGAACGGAUCUACUCCCUUUUUAAUUUGUAUAUGCCUCAACUGGAGAAGAUGGAAGAGGCUUGCGGCAGUAAAUCUGUAUAUGAUGGGCCAGAGCAGGAAGAGUAUUCAACCUUUGUCAUCGAUGACCCUCAGGAGACCUACAAGACACUAAAGCAGAUUGUUGCAAGUGUUAAAACCUUAGAGCAGGAACAUGCCCAAUACAAGAGGGACAAAUUCAAGAAGACAAAAUACGGGAGCCAAGAACAUCCCAUUGGAGACAAGAGCUUCCAGAGUUACAUCAGGCAACAGUCAGAAAUUUCAGCACAUUCCAUUUGAAGUUUCGACAGAAGUUGCCGAUAGGUUGAAUUAGAAGAAGAAGAAGAAAAGGGAAGCCACCUGUAGCAAGAUGUAUGUCACAGGCAUCAAACUUGCUGAGGCUUACUGAGUGUUUUCUCUCUCCGAGAACUGUUAAAGUAGCUGCUAUGCACUUUAAUUCAUCUGAUGUAAACAGAUGGAGGAACUCUGCCUUCUAGGUGGUAUUCAUUGGUUGUGUUGCAUUGUGUUUGUGUCUGUAUAUUUUAAAAUGUUGCUAUGUUUUCUUGGAACCUAGUGAUCAGUUCUAAUGAUCAAGGCAUGGGGACUUCAUAUGGACAACUCCCACCAUCAUUUUGCAUAACUGAAAGCCAACUAAAGUCAUUGAGAGGGUUUUUCUAAACUUCUUGUUAUUGGUUGUUGACUACUUUUUGUUCUUGGCCCACAGCUGUUAAAGAAGGCUUUGCAGCCCUUUUUAAAUGGCAAUGUUUAAAAUAUAAGUGGGGAAAAGUUGCUUUUUGGCAGAAUCUCCCUACACUGUAUCUUGCAUUACCACAGGCCAGGCAAAGAAUGGGGCGUUUUGGUCUCAGCAGCAUCACGUUUAAUAUGGGGUUGGCUUUUUAAGGAAAAUCUAAAUAUUUAAUGGUACUCCUUGAUAUUUUUUAAGACAGAGUUGUUUCCACCAAGGCAAUUUCUAUUUUUGAUAUAAACAAUGCCAUUAAGUUAAACAAGGAAAGGCAAAAGUGUAAAAUAUACUAUUGGGGGAGAGACUUUUCACAGAAGGCUUAGCUGGAUACCUGAGUGAUUGUAUUUUUCUCUUGUUCUAAAGGAUCGUUUCCAACACAUUUCCUGCAUCUGUAAUACUUCAGUGAAGGAGAGGAGGAAUUCAGAUCACAUGCAGUGUGUUAUUCCUGCAUGUUUUCCUAUCUGACCUUGUGCAUACAGUAGAGUAUAGCUGUAACACCCGGAAGUGAAAAUGGAUGUAGCACUGUAGUCUCAAGGUGUUCUGAACCACACCAGGUUCUUUCUCAGGGGAAAAGCUAGCAGCUACUGUAUCUUCUCAUAAUACCCUUUGGACUGCUGCAAACUAGACACCAAUGCAUUUCAGACAGAGAAAUGGAUUCUCACAUGAUGUUUCUCGACACUUGGCUUGCACGCCUGACACAGAAGCAUUAUCCAUGUAGGAAGACCACAUCUUGUUCAUAAGCAACAUAUCAACCUCCCUAGAAAGGGACAGAGCUGUAAUUUCAGAGAAGCUCGUUUUAGUUAGGGAUUGGUGCUGCUUUAACUAUACAGGAGAAGCAUCUUGAGAUGGGGGCCUGUCAAUGUCUGCUGUUUUUAGCAUCCCGGGUGGAAAGUUGUGAAGCCUUUUUGUAUUCAGUUGUGUUCAAAGCAGACGUUCAUAUUCUCCUAGCUCUAUUUGUUUGUUUAGGGCAGUAGUUCCCAACCUUUUUUUAACUCGCGUACCUCAUGGCAACCCAUUUCCCUAAAAUUGUAUCCCUGUAUUAGCAAACCCAUUGUGUAAUUUUUUUCACGUAUCCCCAAAUGCUAUGUCGCAUACCCAUGGGGGUAUGUUUACCCCAGGUUGGGAACCACUGGUUUAGGGGAUGAGAUUUAUACUUCCUACAUUUUUUUAAAAAAUAGCUGUUUCUCUUACAAGAAGGGUUAGUAUUAACUCACAGUGGUUACUUGUUAAUAUGUUAGACGAUGUGGAAUGAGUUAUGUACCUCAUAAUUACCUUGAGAGGAAAUAAAGAUACAGUGUAUGUGUACGUGAUGUUUAGAUAUGUGUGUGUGCGGAUACAUGUACACCCACACAUAUAUCUAUGUGUUUGCAGUUUAGCUGUAUAUGAUAACCACUCUUCAAAGGUCUGCUGCAAUGCAUGUUGGGCUUUGAUAAAAGCCUAAGUGAUAUAAUAGAUGGAGAUUUUUGCGGAGGGGGGCAUUUUUGGACCACCCUGAAUUGAACUUUCAGCUUGAUGCCAGGAUUCCAUCCUUCUUCCCUGAUCAUGUUUCUGAAGAUAUCUUAGUGUCCUCCAGGUAUUUGGAGUAUUUAAAGAAAUUCUGAAACUAAAUCCAGCCCCGUAACACUCAAAUCCCAUUUAAACAAAUGAGAAUUCUUUUCCCCAGCCUCUGUUUUUUAGGAAUGUUACAUAUUUUUCUUGUUCUUUAGCAAUGCAUUUUGCCAGAGAACUACAAGACAAAAAAUGGUAUCCUGUCAGUUGCCAGCAGGAAGAUUGGAAAGAACUAUGUGCCAUGAACUGCCAUCUGAAAUGCCAGGUUUUUUUUUUUAAAAAAAAUUGUAUUUGUAACUUAAUAGUCUUUCAAUUAAAUACUAAUGACCUGCAAUGUGUGUUCUACUUGCCAAUUAAAAGUGUUUUAUUCGAAA